AUGAUUGUAUACGAUCUUGAUGCAACUACCAUCGGCGUGACUUCGCUCCAUAGAGAGCAGAUCAUGGCAGCCCGGGUUCUCAAUUACGUCUAUGUUGGCAUGGAACUUGGUGUUGUUCCAACAUUCCAAUCCGAAAUUGUUGGUGAUUUAGUCAUCAACGUUAUCUGCUUUGGGACAAGUUCUAUCCUCGACAAUCGCGCCUGGCCGAUUCUCAUCGGAGGGUUCUACAUUGCCUCCAAUCAUCAUUGCGUGCAUUUGGUUCGUUCCAGAAUCACCUCAUUGGUUUCUUCGACAAAACGAGUGGAAAAUGCGCGUAAAAGUCUGGUCGCAACUCGUCAAGGUGUUUUCACGAACAAUUAUGAAGUUAAUGCCGAGUUCCAGGAGCUUCAGGUAUCCUGCAAGUAG